UUUUGAAUACCCCCUCAACACAACAUGGUGAAACUCAGCUUGAAGGAUGUGGACGUCCAAGGCAAGCGCGUCUUGAUGCGUGUGGACUUUAACGUUCCCUUCGACAAGAAAACUGGUGAAAUCUCCAACUCCCAACGUGUGGAUGCUGCUCUGCCCACGAUCCAAUUCGCACUCGACAACGGCGCCAAGAGUGUCGUGUUGAUGUCCCAUCUCGGCCGCCCCGACGGGUCUGCGAUCGCCAAGUACUCGUUGAAGCCCGUGGCGGAACUGUUGAAGAAGAAGCUCAACCGAGACAUCAUCUUCUUGAACGACUCCGUGGGUGCCGAAGUCGAAGCUGCGUGUCAAAACCCUGCGAAUGGCUCGGUGAUCUUGCUGGAAAACCUGCGCUUUCACGUUGAAGAAGAAGGCAAGGGUAAGGACUUGGACGGCAACAAGAUCUCCGCGACCAAGGAACAAGUUGCUGCGUUCCGUGCGAGCUUGAGCAAAUUGGGCGAUGUGUACGUGAACGACGCGUUCGGCACGGCCCAUCGCGCGCACAGCUCCAUGGUUGGCUGCGAUUUGCCUGUGAAAGCCGCGGGUUUCUUGAUGGACAAGGAACUCGUGUACUUUUCCAAGGCUUUGGACGCUCCCGAGCGCCCGUUCUUGUCGAUCUUGGGCGGUGCCAAAGUAGCCGACAAGAUCCAACUGAUCUUGAACAUGCUCGACAAGGUGGACGAAAUGAUUGUGGGCGGCGGCAUGGCGUUCACCUUCAAGAAGGUGAUCGAUCAAAUGGAGAUUGGUUCGUCUUUGUACGACGAAGAAGGCUCGAAGAUCGUCCAGAACAUCGUGGCCAAGGCGCAGGAACGCGGCGUGAAGCUCCACUUGCCCGUGGAUUUCGUGAUUGCCAACAAAUUCUCCUCCGACGCCGAAACCCGCGUUGUCGACGACUCGGAAGGCAUCCCCCAAGGCUGGUUGGGCUUGGACGUCGGCCCCAAGACCAACGCGAUCUUUGCUGCCGCCGUCGCCCGCGCCAAAACGAUCGUGUGGAACGGACCCAUGGGAGUGUUUGAAUUCGAUGCAUUUGCCCAAGGCACGAAGAACGUCAUGGACGCUGUGGUUGCCGCGACCGCGGGCGGUGCCACCACGAUCAUUGGCGGCGGCGACACGGCCACAUGCUGCGUGAAAUACGACACCGAAGACAAGGUGAGCCAUGUAAGCACCGGCGGGGGAGCCAGCUUGGAGCUGCUGGAAGGCAAGGUGUUGCCCGGCGUGGCGGCGCUGACCGACGUGUAAAGUUGCAUAUAUGAGUGUGCCGAAUACAAGGAAAUCGCCGUACUUUUAAUACAUUUAUUGCCCUCGUGCUGUGCCUUACUGUAUCGUCAUGCACACCCAGCGUCAGUUGCUAAUCAUGUCGUGAAGCAGCAUCACCACGUCGUCGUUGUCCCCCAUCUCGCCCAAAAAUGUGGCGUCCAUUGACAACAAGCCCGUCGCUGCCGUGCCAGCUGCGACCCGCCCCCCCUCUGCUUCCCCUGCUGCCCAAGACUGGACCCCCGUCUACGUGGCCGUGGCCGUGGCUGCGUCGGUUCUGGCCGUCGCCGUCGCUGUGUUCCGUAAAAAGUAAUCCAAGAAUCAAUUGUCACAAUAAACCUCA